AUGCCAGCCGAACUGCCAGGAUACUAUUUUGAUGUGGAGAAGAAUCGUUACUUCAAAAUCCAGCCAAACCACGUGGCGCCAUCGGGUUCGAAGUACAGCCGUCAGGCGGUCAGAACCGAGAAGAUAAUCAAGAAAGCCCAACGGCAGGAUGAACUUCAACACCAGUUGAAGCUUACCCAAACGGUGGCGCGGUCGAGACUCUUGCAGCAUCCUCUGCUGGUAUUUGACAGACGACUGGGCAAUCUGCGGAAGACUGCUGGAGCACUGGUGUCGGAAUACUACGCUGCUCAACUCACGGAUAAAAUAGCCUUUAGUGACUUGUCGCCGCGCUCAGCAGACUAUCUGAACGAAAACAUGCUGAUUUCUGGGUGCUUUUCUAUCGAGGAAGCUUCAGGCACCUUGUUUACAGAUUGCAUCUUGAGUACCGGGACCAGGGCGGCUCCUCGAACGCACAUGUAUGGUUUUCACCUGGGAUCGCAACCUGACGUGGCGGAGCAAGAACUGGUAGACUCUUCAAAGUGGCCUAUCCCGCGAAACUAUGAGCAGAGCGCACUGUACACGCCCAGAAAUGCCGAGGACAUUGGAGACGCAGUUAGGACCCAGCAUAUCCUUUCCAUGGGGUCAGGCCUGGUCCUUUGGUCCGAGUACUGCACUGCAUAUGCAUCCCCUGCGGAGGCGAUGGUCAAGGUGGGAGCAUGUGGUUCCGGCCCAUUUGCGGACAGACACAGCAUGAUUCACCAAGCGUCACUGGUACGCACCGUACGGAACCUGGCUGCACAGCCGGGCAGGUACACGGCGGCGGUGGCGACGGAGCGCGGUGUAUACCUCAUGGACCUUUCACAUACGAGCUACCCGCUCAUAGAAUACCCGAUGGGCACAAAUGAGCUGCUGAGGGCGACCUUCAAGGACCACAACGUCAUCAUGGGCGGUGCGCGUUCAGGAAAACUGCUGUUGUGCGACAUCCGGGCACCGCCGCCGUCGACCAAGGGCGGCCGAACGACGGCGACGCGGCUCCAACACUCAGACGCCGUCACCAACCUCGCAGCGCUCCCUGACGGCAACCGGAUUCUGAUCAGCGGCCAGCGCAGUGUGAAGAUCUACGAUCUGCGCUUCGCGCCGCCACCGACCCUGAAGAGCCACCUGCCCCGGGCAAACACGUACAAAGCAAGCCCCGCCGUGCUGACCUUCAACGUCCCCGAAACCCACCAGCACAGCUGGUACGGCGUGAGCUUCGCGUACGAUCCGGAGCUCAACAUCGUCCUGCGCACCUCGACCGACGGCUACAAGAACAACUGCGUCGCCCUCUGGUCGGCCAGCACGGGCCGCACGCUCGCGGGUCCGCUGAACAACCACCGCUUCGAGUCCUCCGUCGCCUGUGUCGCCAUCGCCCGCGUCAGGGACGGCCCAAAGAGCAUCUUCGUCUCCUGCGACGGGGUCAUUACCGAAUGGACCCCGCAGGGCAGGGGCGUGGAAGACGGCCAGGACUGA